AUGGCCCUUGUUGAUUCAGAAGGCCAGGUUGCCUCAGCUGGCAGCCUGGGAUUUUGGUUGGACGGCUCAGACUUUGUGGUCAUUGGUGAGGACCACCCUGAGGAUGUGGCAGAGAUUGGUCCGCACUGCUUUCCCAGGGACUGGCCUGAUGUUUAUGAUGAAAGCCGUAGCUUGCGUGCCUUGUUGACAGCCAGAGGGCCGUGUGCCGCCAAACGAGUGAGUGUAGUCCCACAGCCAGAUGAGCCGCUGGAUGGUUUGGAAGUUCGAUUUCUGCAAAGCUUUGCGAAUGCGGAAAUGGCAAAAGAAAUGGCUCAGUUGAAAGUGGUCGAGGGUUGGGCCAUCUACGAUCUGCUGGAUGAUGUGACUGGUGCAGCCUUUCUGGCUGAACGCUAUUGGUGGAAUGAAACAGAAGAUGGGACGUGGGUGGAUUACUCUCCACGUCCAGAAAACAUGGAACAGAUGCUCCUGGCUGAAGCUAUGUUUCCAGCAGGUCCAAAGCAGUCCUCAGCUCUGACAGAGGAAGGAGAGGCGAUCGGAAACCAUUUGUUGGCUUUGCGUUUCCCCCGGGCCAAGCAAGCCGGGCGCGGCCUCCUACGCCUCAGCGCUCCCGUGGCCGCUUUCGAGCACCUGCGGGAGCCCGCAGAGCUCACGGAGCCCACGGAGCCCAUGGGGCCCACGGAGCUCACGGAGUCAGCAGAGCCAGUGCCCGAAGAGUACAUCGAAGAGGAAAAGGAUCCGCUCUCUGCCGAGCAGGCGCGAGGCCUCAUCCGCCGUGUGCGGGAGAAGGAGGUGGAGGCCGUGGCCGAAGCGGCAAGACAUGUGGCGCAAGCUGAGUCCUGCGAUCGCUUGAUCACCACCGGCAUGUCGGGUGCAGUGGUGCCCCUGCUGCAGACGGGGGAAAUCGAAGCGUUGCAGCUGUUGACAGAGCUUGGAAUGCGAUCUUUGGAAAUGCCGGCACCAGGAGCUCCGUUGCACAAACGCAUGGCCGAAGCAUUGAUGACAGCUGAUGGUUUGCAACCACUAGUGGCCCUUCUGUCAAAGGACAUGAGGAGAGCGUCGCUGGCCGCCCAAGGCCUUGGGCACAUCUGUUUCCACAACCCUCCAGCCCAGCUGAGGGCUGCCCGACUUGGAGCAAUCCGAGCCCUGGUGCGGUUGAUUGGCCGUCGAUCGGAGGGAAGUGUGCGAGAUGCCACCUAUGCCCUGUGGAACAUCCUGGUGGGGCAGAAGGAUCACUCUGCAACCGCCUUUAGAGAAGGAGCAGCUGCUACUCUACUUCCAAUCAUGAAACCACUAACCAAUGGUGACAACGAAACGCUGGUGAAUGCUUUGGGAUGUGUCACAUCACUGCUGACAGCUGCCGGGGCGCAAGAUGCUUUGGGUGCAAAUGGCGCAGUCGAAGCUUUGUGCAAGCUGCUUGAUGAGGAUUCACCCUUAGCACUGCGUGAGCAGGCUGCAUCUGCUUUGGCCAACCUGCUGAGUGGUCACAGUGAGAAUUGUCGCAAAGCAGCCUACAAAGCAGCCGGACUGCAGAGGUUGAUUCGCUUACUCCAAGUGUCCAUAGAGGAAAAUCAAAGCCGUUUGGCUGAGAAUUGCUGCGCUGCAUUGGCAAAUCUGGUGGCUGCUACUGGACCUAUGCUGGCCCAAGACACCAUUGAUGCUGGCAUUUUGGAUCUCGCAGCAGGCAUUUUCCAAGUGAAUCCUCGGCCUGUGCAGGUCUUUGGUUUGUUGGCCAACUUGUGCUGGCAGCUUCCGCACCUGUGCCACAAGGUCUACCAAUUGACUCCGACACAAAGAUUGGUUGACGUCCUCAAGCCCGGUGACCAGCAACCGCCCCGCGCCGCCCUGGCUGCACUGGCGCUGGCGGCCAACUUGGCGUCCGUGGGCCCUGCCAAAGCGAGGCUGUUGAAGGCUGGCAUCCUCAAACCCACGGCAACAUUCAUCGAAAGUGCUGUGGACAUUGCUGUGAGAGUCCAUGCCUCCAUCACUUUGGCAAAUUUGUUGGAGAACAGUCCCGAAUCCGUGGCCAAGGUCUUUCUUGAACUGCCGGAUUUGCCACGAAGGUUGGCGUUUCUUUUGAACAAGAAGACGCCCUUACCCAGCUGUGUUCGAGAACAUGUAACUCGCGCGCUGGCACUUUUGGCGUCACGUGAAGCUUCACGCGUAUCAGUCAAAGAGUCGGGAGCACCUGAGGCCUUGUGGUCUUUGCUUGACAAUUCCGACUUGGCCAAAGGUGCUUCAAUGGGCUUGCUGAACUUGGCCUUGGUGGCCAAAGAUCGGGACAAGUUGCUGAAGAAAGGUCUGGUUUCGAGGCUGGUCCCCUUGUUGCGCCAUCCCCAGGCAGGCCAUUUUGCCGCUGGGGCCCUGGCCAACCUGACAGCGGGCUCGAAGACUGCAGCCAGACAGGCUGCUGAGGCCGGCGCGGUGAAACUGCUGGCAGCUUCACUGCAGAACCUCUGUGAAGAGCACGACGUCACAGGCUCCACGCUGGAGCUCAGUGGCAGCGUGGAGGAUGCUGCCGCUUGGGUCCUGGGUGCCUUGGCGCACUUGGUGGAGCUCGACGCACCGCGUGCGCGCGCGGAGGCCCAAGCGGCGCUGCCAGCGAUGUGUCGCUUGCUGCGCUGGGGGGAAGGAAGCGUCCAGGAUUUGGCCAUAUUUGCCCUGGCUGCCAUGGCGAGGGGUGACCAGCAGGUUCAACAGGAGCUGAAGAGAAAUCUUCUGAGCCAAGGUUUGGAACUAAAACUUCGGGACAUCACGGUGGAGGGGGUUUUGAAAGAGAAGGCUGUGAUGCUUCACCGGCUUUGCCUCGGCAAGUGA